GGGCUAGGUGCGCGUGCGCACUGCGCGACACGCAGACCCGGUUAAAGACGGGCGGUGGAGAUCCGGGUCACUGAGUGUCGUUUUGGCAAAUCGCUGGGUUAGAGUUUUGGCAGCUCGGAGGUUGUGACAGAGGAGUCGGGAAUAUUCCUGGCGGCCACAGGACCAAGUUAAAUAGCGACCGGGACAGGGGUCAAAAGCCGGCGCGGCAUGUCCCGGGUGCCGCGGUACGUACAGUGAAGCGCGCCGCGAGCAGGAUGGGCCGGCGACGGGCGCCAGAGCUGUACCGGGCCCCGUUCCCGUUGUAUGCGCUUCAGGUCGACCCCAGCACGGGGCUGCUCAUCGCUGCAGGCGGAGGAGGCGCUGCCAAGACGGGCAUAAAGAAUGGCGUGCACUUUCUACAGCUAGAGCAGAUUAAUGGGCGCCUGAGUGCCUCUUUGCUACACUCCCAUGACACAGAGACACGGGCUACCAUGAACUUGGCACUGGCUGGUAACAUCCUUGCCGCAGGGCAGGAUGCCCACUGUCAGCUCCUGCGCUUCCAGACCCAUCAGCAGAAGGGCAAAACCAAGGCAGAGAAGGCAGGUUGCAAGGAGCAGGGGCCUCGACAGAGGAAGGGGGCAGCCCCAGUAGAGAAGAAGUCUGGAGCUGAAACCCACCAGGAGGGGAUAGAACUCAGUGUAGAGAAUUUGCAAGCGGUGCAGACAGACUUCAGCCCUGAUCCGUUUCAGAAAGUUGUAUGCUUCAACCAUGAUAACACCCUGCUUGCCACUGGAGGGACGGAUGGCUACGUUCGUAUCUGGAAGGUACCCAGCCUAGAGAAAGUUCUGGAGUUCAGAGCCCACGAAGGAGAGAUUGAGGACCUGGCUUUGGGGCCUAAUGGCAAGUUGGUAACUGUGGGCUGGGACCUUAAGGCCUCCGUGUGGCAGAAGGAUCAGCUGGUGACACAGCUGCACUGGCAAGAGAACGGACCCACCUUUUCUAACACGCCUUACCGCUACCAGGCCUGCAGGUUUGGGCAGGUUCCAGACCAACCUACCAGGCUGCGACUCUUCACAGUGCAGAUUCCCCACAAGCGUCUGCGCCAGCCCCCACCCUGCUACCUCACAGCCUGGGAUGGCUCCACCUUCCUGCCCCUUCGGACCAAGUCCUGUGGCCAUGAAGUCAUCUCCUGCCUUAGUGUCAGUGAGUCGGGUACCUUCCUAGGCCUGGGCACAGUCACCGGCUCUGUCGCCAUCUACAUAGCUUUCUCUCUCCAGCGCCUCUACUAUGUGAAGGAGGCUCAUGGCAUUGUCGUGACGGAUGUGGCCUUUCUACCUGAGAAGGGUCGUGGUCCAGAGCUCCUCGGGUUCCAUGAAACUGCCCUGUUCUCUGUGGCUGUGGACAGUCGUUGCCAGCUGCACCUGCUGCCCUCGCGGAGGAGUGUUCCUGUCUGGUUGUUGCUCCUGCUCUGUGUCGGGCUUAUUGUUAUGACCAUCGUGCUGCUCCAGGGUGUCUUCCCAGGUUUUCUUUAGCCUUCAUGCUCCUGGGGAAUCGAGUGUGGACACUGCCAUCUUAUAUACCAGAGUGGAGGCCUGCACCCCGUUGCUCACCCCACCUGGGUCCACAGUUGGGGUUGCUUCUGAUGAGACUGAUGGGCACUGCCUGCCCCGCCCAGUGAAAGCUUGGCUAUGGCCCUGUGUGACUCUGAGUCCUGGGAACCCUUCAUCAUCUGUGGAUCCACCCAGGACAGUGGUACCUGCAGCCGAGGCCACUCCACCUGCAUCUUUCCCUCUGCCUAACAGAGGCUCCAGAGUUGAGCGUGUUCUCCCUCCAGAAAUAUGUGAGGAUGCCCAAGAACCUGAAGAUACUGCUGUCCAUCAGUUGCUCUUCACAUGAGCCCCUGGUGUUUGCUGGGGCAGGCCCUGGCCUGGGACUUGUAGUUAGGGAAGGAAGGGGCAAAAGGAAGACUCAAGCUGUCGUCUCUGGGUCCAGCUGGUAGCUCCAGGCCAGCUCGGCUACAGACACAGUAAGUUCCUGGAUGGUCUACCCUAACCUUGAGAAAAGGGAAAAUGAACCUCAGCCCGUUCUUCGGGAAAAGUUGAUAUUUAAUAAAUAAGCGAAGACUGAAUUAA